CUGUUUGCCAAAGCAACACAGCCAAACACUCUCGUCUCCUGGUAGUAGAAGAAGCUCUGAAUUGAAGUGAAUCCUGAAACGUUCAGCUGUGUAUCAGUUCAGGAGGUCGGAGUCACAGGCUUCUCCCGCCAAAUGGUUCGGUGAUUUGGCGAACGAAUCUUUUUAGUGAACUGAUUCUAGUGAUUCAGUACAUCUAAAAGAACUGCCGUGCCCCUCACUAUCUCGAAGUAGAUUUACAAAUUUGAACUCAGCAACGACAACGAACGCUUUGCCUAACAGCCGUAAUUCUGGUAAAAAAAAAAAUAUGUACAGUACGUUGGUCCUUCGCUGUUUUCUUUGCAAAAUCCCGAUUUUCCCCUCGGAUGAAUUUUCAAGCAAAGAUAAGGUUUUCAGGCAGUUCUUCGGGCACCUACAAGAGCUUUGACAACACAGCGGGGUCCUUCGUUUAGCGCCAGUUUGGAUUUUCCUGCGAGCUCGUUUUAAAGGCAGCCGGAUAAACUCGGAGUCAUUUUAUAACAAGGAUCUUUAGUUUCACCCAUAAAUAACUCGAUGUAUUUCUUCUUUUUAUAAUUAAAAGUAAGAGGUAGCAGUGUAACCCGUCAAAGUCGCAUUAAAGCUGACGAAGGAUACCAAACUAAGAGGAACCUAAGGUAAGCAGACUGUUUCUAUUCAUUUAAACAAAAGAUCAGAGUGAAAGAUUUAAGUUGAUUUUGAUCUGAAAGAUGACAGAAAUACUCCAAAGACAAUAUAUUUCUAAAAUCGAAGCUGGGAAAAUGAUUUUGAUUCUUGAAAAAUAUACGACCAUUUUAAUUUAGAUGCCAACAAAAGGUUCAACACACCUGAAGGUACAUCUCUCAAGUAUUUUUAGAUAUUUUAUUGUAAUAUGAUGUCAAAAUAUUUAGAGAAUACUUUAAAAACCAAAAAGAUUUGGCCCAAAUCGUACUGGAUGGCCGCUCUCUGGGCUCUUUAGGUGGUACUGGAAUGAGAACAGGAACAUUUGCUGUCAUACUAACAAUGACUUUUUCAGGGAAGAUACAUGAUACAACAAGAAUAAGGCAAACUCCAUUUUGUACAUAUUACAGCAGUGAGGCACCUCAAGGGGUCCUGGUGCUGAACUGUCCUGUCUGCAGUCCUGACUUGAAAAAGACACACCAGCCAAGAAUGAGAUUUAAUAUGACAGCUUUAUUUGUACAACAGUUUCUCAGCCAUUUUUAAUAGAUCGUAAUAAAUGUGAGAGUUGAUCUGCAAAUCUGUGACUGUCUUGAACUGUUCAGAGGAGCAUGUAUUAUUUAGUUGGUCAUACUCUCUCUCUCUCUCUCUCUCUCUCUCUCUCUCUCUCUCUCUCUCUCUCUCUCUCUCUCCCUCUCCCCCUAUCCCUAUCUCUCUGUAUUUCUCCCCAACCCAGCAGCGGCCUGGUGGUUGUCUAACAUAAGUCUGGUCCUACCUAAGGUUUCUGCCUGUUAAAAGGAAGAAUUUCCCUGCUACUGUCACUCAUGUUAGAUGAGAUGGGUCAAAUCUGUCCCAUCUUAGGUUAGGUCUUGAUAAUUCAUCAAACAAUGAGCGUGGUCUAGACCUGCUCCUUUUCCUAUGAAAGCGUCUUGGGAUGACGACUGUUGUGAAUUGGCGCUAUAUAAAUAAAAUUAGAUUGAUUGACUCUCUUUAUCUUCUAUUCUAGACCAUAGGGAGGCCUAUUUUCACAUCUUUUUGUUUAUUUGUUUGUUUUUAAUUUUACUUUUUAUCUUUUAUCUUCAGUGUUUCCUAAAGGUAGCUCUUUCCUCACGCAAUGUCUCUGUGUCAGGCCAUGUCUCCUUAACAAUAUAUCUCCAAUUGUCACUCUGUAUGUGUGGGUGAGCGAGGGUGGAUGUGUGUCUGUGUGUGUGUGGGUGGGAGGGUCGGGUUUAAAUCGUUGUUUAAUUGUUGUUUUUAGCCUCUGUGAAACACUUUGAGCUACAUUUAUUGUCUGAAAAGUGCCAUACAGUACAUAUAAGUUGUAUUGAAUCUGAAUCUACUUACUUUUUCUAACUCGUUGCUGCUAAAUCAGUCCUUUCUUCUUUCCAUGCAAUAAUCGAAACAUUUUACUUCUUUAAGGUCAUCAGCUGAUCCAACGUCGACGUCUCCUUUGAUAUCACUAAAAUGGACAGUGAGUAUUGAGUUAUAAACAAAUCAAGAAGAUGCUUCAUGAAAAUAUUUAGAGAUGAAUAUAGAUCAAUCUCCUCCAUUCAGGUGAGGAUGAACUGGACGUGUUGACCGCUCUGCUGGCUGAAAAUGAAGGUGGGGAAGAAGACCAGGACUGUCAGAGACAAGAAGACGACUUAGACGGCCUGUUUGAUGGAGACGGUGAGGAAGAAGAGUAUGAAGAGGGUCCGGAGGAAGCAGGACAAGACGUGGAGAAAAACGACUCAGUGUCUGAGCUGUUCGGAGAUGUAGACGACAUUGAACAUGAAGACGCUGAUGAAGAAAAAAGUGGAGGACGCUGUGAGAGUCUGGACAAGUCCAGGGAGGACUUACAAGGUUUGUGACUCUCAUGUCUCCUCUCACUGACGUCUCUGUUGUUGGUUUUGUGUUCACUCAUGGACUUGACUUCUUCUUUUCUUAGAUGAGCUGAGGCGAAUGCAGGAACAGGUACAGCGGUUGCAGCAGCAGCUGAACGCGAGUCAGACGUCUUCAUCUUCAAGUCCAGUUAGCACAAAGGGAAGCUCUGCAAAUCCAAAACCAGUGACCCCCAAACCGACAACGCCCAAGCUGACCCAAGCCAAAGUGGUCACUAGCACUCAAAAGACAAAGACACAAACAGGUACAUUUUGUUUCUGCACAGAAUGGGUUCAGUUUUAAAAUCUCCUGUGGUUAAGAUUUCUAGACUUUGGUCCUUGGUUUGAUUUCUUAAACCACAACAUUUAGAGUUUCUUCAAAACAAAGAUUACACAAGCUUUCAUGGCAUUAGGAGCAAGCUAUCAGGAUGACCGACAUGUUUACCUCUGUGUGGUCUCCAUCUACGAUUUAUAUCACAGAUGGCAAAGGCCUUUAAAUGUGUUCAACUCCCGGCUGCAUGUCCUCCCUUACAUCCCAUCCCUUAAAUUUCCUGUGUCUCUGGAAAUGUUCUUAACUACUAUAGAUGCAGGUUGAUUUAUGUUUGUUUUUCUUGUCUCACUCUGACUACAGCAGCAUCCUCAUCCACUCCAGUCAGAGGAGGAGGUCAAAAACUUCAGGAGUCCUCUGACUUUCUCGAACAGCUGAGCAAUGCCGACUCCUUCAAACGUAAACCCAGGGUGGCUCACGCUCCCAAACUCGGCUCAUCACCAGGUUGGAGUCACACAAACACAAUCUAUCAACAAGAACAGAACUGAUGAGGAAGGUUGAUCAGUGAAUGAGUGUCUGUUCUUUGUUGUUUGCUCAUCAGAGGAGCGAGGGCCACUGGUGGAGAUAAAGAUCGGCAGCUCUUUCCAGCCAGCAGAGAGCACCAGCAAAGCAAAUCCUCUGCGUUCACCUCCAGCCUCUCAGAGCAAAGCCUCACCAGGUUUAGGAGGCCCGAGCGCGGCAUCCGCUCCUCCACCUCUUCCUAAAGAUGUGGGUGUGGAGAAAUACUCAGGACUGCGGCUCAGGUAAAGAUGCCAAAGUGGAAGAAGCUUCCGGGGGCCUGUACUCAGAAAAACUCAUACUUUUCUGUCCAGUGUUUCAGUCUGUGUGUGUUUGUUCUGUGUUGUGUUUUAGAAAACCGCGGGUUUCCUCCAGCGAGAUGGACCGCAAGAUGGCUGAUCGGCGCCUCAUCCGCCUGUCGCAGGUGCCUGAGCGGCUGACGCGAGAGAAGCUGGAGGACAGUGACUGGGUGACUUUUGCUGUGCUGGUCAACAAAGCCACACCACAAAGCAGCAGCAGUGUAGGUCUUUGCUUAAACCUCUAAUAUGAGACAAAACUCAACAUGUCCUUGCAACAAUAGUUUUUUUUAUUCGACUCUCAAAGUGUCUAGAACUUCCAGCCUGAGCCUCUUAAGUAGAAUAAAUCAAAGCAAUGAGGUUUCAAUAGCUGCAAAAUUGAUCAUAUCCUUAGUUUACAUUGAAGACCCAGUAUAGUUAAAUUUUUCUUUUCUGCAGGGCAAAACCUUCAGCAUCUGGAAACUGAACGACCUCCACAACCUGGAAGUGUUUGUGUCUCUGCUCCUGUUCGGCGAAGUCCACAAAGAGCACUGGAAGACAGAGCUGGGCACCGUCAUCGGCCUCCUCAACCCAAACCCCAUGAAGCAGAAAGAGGGAUACGACGGGGUAAGCCAACAGUCGUUAUUUAUUAUACACACACCAACUGGGAAGUGUUUGAUUUUCAAUAAAUGUAGGAACUCUGAUACAGUCAUAUAAAGGUUAUGUCAUAAUCAAUUACCAACUCAUGUCAUUGCAAUGUGAACAUUUGCAUUAACAGGGUUUCUAUACAGUUGGAAUUUCCAUACUUUUCCAUACCCUACUUUUUAGAAUUAUUUUUGGAAAUACAUACUUUUCUAUUUUUAGAAAACAGUGGUCAAAGUCCAGAGAUAUAUUUUUCCGUACUAGAUUUUUCAUUUUCCAUACUUUUUUAGACCAGGAAAUUUAUCAAAUUUAUUUCCAUACUUUUCCAAACUUAAAGCGUUGCAAAUACUUAAAGCGUCUAAAAUAGCAAACAAGGUUUUGGAUUUCUAAUGGAUUCAGAUGGGUCAUUUUUGCGGCGAGCCGAUUAAAUCGGCCAAUUUAGCUCCUUUGAGACUAACCAAUUUUUUCACUGAUUUUCGCCAAUAUUUUCAGAAAUAAAAUACAGAGAAUAAGAGUCGGUUUCACUUUGAAAAUGUUAGAUAUCUACAGUAUAUAUAUUUAUAUAUUUUAUUACUACAAAAAAAAAUCAAAGAAAUUAAAAAAUUGGUGGAUUAAUCGGCAAUCGGAUUUUUUCCUCCCUUAUAAUCGGCAUCGGCCCCCAAAAAUCCAUAACGGUCGAGCGCUUAUAUGAACUCUAAUACUUGUAGACUUGCACUUAAUAUUAACAUAUUUAUAGGGAACAAUGGAGUUGCACAUUGCUUAUUUUCCACCAGUCCUGUAGGCUCAGUUAUUAGUGUUAAACACGCCCUCUUCUGGUUCCACACAAUUCCUCAUCUUUCAAGUCCAAAAUAAUGAAGUGAUAAAACAUCCAGGAGAGUUUAGUUUUCAAAUUGCAAAGUAUAAUUGGAGGGUAACUAAUUUAAACUCUUUUCAGAGUAAAAUGUCAAAUACAGCCAAUGAAAAUAUCUAUAAAUACACCACACAUAUUAAGGUCAGAGUGAUUAUCGUCAGGCCAAAUGGGGUUAGAGGAGAAUUGCGUGUCAGUCUCAACUCAAUAACCAUAAAAGUGUAAAAGCGAACUCUCUCUCAGUCGUGGUUAAAUGCUUACCCUGUAUUUUAAUGUCACUCUGAACUGCCUGUUUGACCGGCUGCUUCGGACCUGAAGGGAUUUCUCAAUUAAAGCAGGAACCAGUCUGGUGGUGUCUGGCGGUGAAAAUAGCCAGUUAGGUUGCUGGUGUCAGCGUGUGGCAUGACAUACUGAGAUGUUAAGAGCGGAUUGUGGUGUGAGGAAAGCCAAAGCUGUGCCCAACACACACACACACACACACACACACACACACACACACACACACACACACACUUACCACCCGCGGUGAGCAGUUUAAGUUCAGAGCCUCUAAUCUCAGAGGACUGAUGCAGCGCUCGUCCCGGUUGAUCUUUUAACUUGCAAAACUGAGCAUCGCUCUUUACUUUACAUUUGAUUUUUCUCUUUUAUUUUCUGUUAAACUUGGAUUAGAAUAAACUUAAUUCAUCAUUUUUUGGAGUUGUGGUGAUUUAAAGCUCCUGUGAGGAGAUUUUAGCUGGUUAUGAAACAGACUAAAAUUAAUACUGAUGCUUCUUAUUGAGUCAAAACUAGUUAGAAACCUCUGGCAGGUGUUAGUUGUAGCAGGUAACUUUAUGCUAUACUGAAACAGAUCGUCAUUUAUGGUCAAACCUACUGUUCAUGUCUGGAUCUGAAAUAAAGCGACUGAAUCAAAAAGCAAAACUGGGAAAUUCUCUCAAGAGGGAAACUUUAUAUUCUUUAAAUUUUAAAUAAAAGUGAUGGACCAUACUGUUAAUCAGCCAAUGAAUUGUCGGUCUCUAGUAUCUAUAUUGUUAUUGAACAAAGUAUUGAACAAAGUGGAUUUAAAUAUAUCUGCAAAAAUUCAUCAUUCAUCCCUAAACCUGCUUGUUUAUAUCUUUCUAAUCGAUCCUGUCUUUUGAUUGGAUUAUGAGUUACUACUGAACCCUAUUAAAGAAAAUACACGUUGUGUUGUGUUGACUGUCUGCAGGUGAGCCUCACCGUUGAUCACCCACAGAAGGUCUUACUGAUGGGCGAAGCUCAGGACUUUGGGACCUGUAAGGCAGCGAAGAGGAACGGAGAGCCCUGCUCUCAGAUCGUAAACUUGGUGGGUUUUAAACCGUUUCUUUAACUAAAUAAAUCGACAUUACUUUUGAACCCAUCCUUACAAAUCUGGUUUCUGUGUUUUGCAGUAUGAGUGUCAGUUCUGCCAGUAUCACGUCAAAGCUCAGUACAAGAAGAUGAGCUCAAAGAGAGCGGACCUGCAGUCGUCUUUCUCGGGAAAAGCUCCCAACAAGGUGAAGGGGAAGGGAGGUGGCGGCCUGAGAGAGCGACUGUGUCAGGACGGCUUCUACUACGGCGGAGUUUCCUCGCCCGCCUGCGCCGCAUCAAUGUGAGUAAAAUGAAAUGUUCUUUUUCUAUAAAUUCUGCCUUUUUGAUGCACAGUAUUUAAUAAUGGAAAUCAAAGAAAGCCUCUGUGCCCUUCACCUGCCCCUCCAAAAACACAGUCGCAGAAAAUAGUUUAUACAGAGGUCACAACCCCGCCAUGUGGCAAUCAUAUUUGCACUUUUAACACUGCAUUUUGAAAUCAAUUUGCACAUGCUAAUUGCAGUGUUAGGAGCCAGCAGCAGUGUGUGGGACUGGGCAGAAUCUGAGCUGUUUCAGUGACACGUCUGUGUGUUGCAGAUCGGCGUCCAAACCCAACAAACCAGGCCAGAAGACUCUGGACAAGCUGUUUGUGAAGGGUUCGGCUCAGCUCGUCAGCCAGGCCAAGAGGCUGGGUAAGGGUCCCAGAACUUGUACUGACCAGAGGUUUUUAAGUCUCUGGGAAGAGAAAGAAAAAAGUAUGAAUAUUCCUCCCUUUAAUCCGACUCUUGUUUAUGUGAUUUUUUUUUUUCUAGCUGUGCAGUCGGGUGAAGUCUCAGGUUGUUCAAAUGAAUUUAAGAGCCUGUUGUCGGUGCCAACACCUGGAGCUCUGCAGCUGAAGAAGCACCUGACGCAGGCCAGCACAUCAGGUACAAGAUCUGGAAGCUUCUGUUCAGUGUAGCUCAAAUGUUGUUAUACUUCACAAGACUCGACAGUGCAACCGUUUCACUCGUAUUUGCGACUAAAAAUAGAUGUGUGCGAAAUGUAAAAUGUAUUAAGAGCCACAUGUGCGCAUAAAAAAAAAAUCAGCCCAGGCAACAAACGUUUAGUCAUCAACGGACGGACGUUCACUGCGGAUCUACCGGUGUCUUCUCAGUCUCCAUAACCGGGAAUAGCAACAGCAGCGCGGUUAAAUCUACUCGGCACCCUCGCUGUCAACGUCGGAUGUUGAAUAAGGGACCGUCAAUAAAUAACCUGUUGAUGUUCUCAAAAAAGUCUGUUUUCCUUCAAUAGCUUUAAUGUCAUGUGACCAACUGACCUAAAAUUGAUUUCAAAUAAUAGUACUAAGGUCGGAUGAUAAGACACACCUCUUUAUUCCCCUAAUUUGUCCUCUAAAAAUUUUUGUGUUAAAUUUAAAGUAAAUUUUGAACAUUUUUUUUGUAUUCUUUUUUAUUCGAUUUUACCUUAUUUUUAGCUUGUUACUAUUAAUCUUUGCCUCAUUGUAUUUUUGUUAUGUUUUUUUAAACAAAUAAAAUGUAUUAUUAUUUUCUUCAAUAGCUUCCAUGUCACGUGACCAAAAAAAAAACUAAAACCAAUUUCAAAUAAUAGUCCUUAAAUCGACCAAUAAGACACACACUAUUUGAUCAAUUUUCAUCGUGCCCCUAAAGUUCUUUGUGUACUCCUUACUUUUUCGAGUUUUAAGCCCUGCUUCAGAUUUAUGUAGUUUGUAAAACACACCAAAGUUCUACAUUUUAAAGGUUAAACUCAUCUUUGUGUCCUUGGUAGAUUCAACACUGGUCCAGUAUCUCUUAGUGUAAUAAUCCAUUGUCCGUCCUCAGUCCCUAAAGAUGCCUCUGGAGCUCCCAUCCAGUCCAUCUCUGCCUCUGACCUGCUGAAGCAGCAGAAACAGAAGCAGCGGGAGCUUCAGGCGAUCCGCCAGCGCAGGGCAGAGGAGAUCCAGAAGAGGGUUCUGCAGAACUCAGCAGGCCCCAGACCUGGGUCGGUGUCGUCUUUACCUGGCAGAGAUGGUCUGAUGUCCCCUAAAGCAGCUUCUGAGGCCACCCACAGCCCCACAGCUCCACACACUCCCACCCUGGGAAGGGGCUUCUCCAAAGGGGAGGACGUCCUCUUUUUUGACAACAGCCCACCACAAGCCCCGACCGCCAGCACUCUGAGCUUAUCAGCCGCCAAACUGGCCGCUCUGAAGAAGCUCAGAGCUAAAGGGGCGGGGCUGGAGAGGGAAGACCCGAACGCUGUGAAAAGGAAGAGGAGCAACGACAGCGAGAUCAGCGCCCGAGUGGAGAAGAAUCUCAACUCAAAGGGUACUCUUCACACCCGGCUCAUUCCUAAUCCGUACUUAUGUUCUUAAUCAUCUUAACUGAACUUAUUAAUGUCUGAACUUUGCAGAUGAAUCCCCUGGAAAAGAGGAAGAAGAACCAGCCCAGAAAAAACAGCGAGAGCAUCUCCAGUAUGUUCAAUCGGACGAGUUUCAAAAGAUCCUGAACGCCAAAUCUCGCCACGGGGCCGUGCUGCAGGCGGUAAGACAGGAGCUGUUCAACUUUCUCUCACUUUUUCUUCCACAUCUCAAACUCUGUGAUGUUGAUUUAUCGCGUGUCCUCUCUCCCAGGCGGAGUACCAGCUGCAGGAGCGCUACUUCAGCGCUCUGGUGAAGAAGGAGCAGAUGGAGGAGAAGAUGAAGGGCAUCAGAGAGAUGAAGUGUCGAGCUGUUACUUGUAAAAAGGUUUUUAAUUUUGUUUUUUAGAGUACGAUUGGGAGUUUUAAAGUCUUUACGGACAGUGACAAAUGAGAGUGGUACACCUGGUAAGCCAGCAUGAGCGCAGCCCACUCUCACCCCACACUCAGAGGUUUUUCAGAUAUUGGGGUGGCACCUGGACUGGCCAAUCACAUCUCCAUGAAAAGUUUAACCUGUUUUUUUCUCCUCCAGUGUAGUUACACCUACUUCAAACCAGCUGAUCGAUGUGUGGAGCAGAAUCACGACCUGCGCUGGCAUGACGCUGUGAAGCGUUUCUUCAAGUGUCCCUGUGGACAGAGAGCCAUCGCUCUGGACAGACUGCCCCACAAACACUGCAGGUAAUAAACUCUUUUCUAUAAACAGUCAAAGUCAAAAAGUCAAAGUGUCUUUAUUAUCCCUACUAUGAAUGAUGGAUUUUCUCAUUUCAGUAACUGCGGCCUGUUUAAAUGGGAGCGUGAUGGGAUGCUGAAGGUAUGAAGUCAGAUAUUAAAUCUUAUUUUGAGACACUUUGAAUUUCUUUCAUGUACGAAAAGUGCCAUAUAAAUGAAGUUAAUUAGAAUUUUAAAUAAGCUACUCUCAUGGAAGAGGAACACAGCUAAUGUUGCAUUCAUGUUUUUUAUCGCAGGAGAAAACUGGACCCAAGAUCGGUGGAGAGCUUCUCCUUCCUCGAGGAGAGGAGCACGGCAGAUUCUUAAACAGCAUGAAGUGACGAUACUGACUUUAUGUUUGUGUUUGUUGAUCAGUAAUUUUACAUUUGUAUGAAAUAUGUUUUUAAAGUUUGAUCUUUUAAAUAUAAUGGUAUGGAUACCUGGAAAUGCUUGAAACAAGCUGAUUAAAGUAAUAACUUGAAACAUUUUGAA